GUAAACAGUUUUUUUCUUUCUCACUUCUGUCUUCGUUUUCAGCCUCUUAAAUUUUAGUAUUCCUUCUCUUGAUAAUUUGGAAUCGAAUAUGGCGAUCAGCUGCAAGGUGAAGUUUGCUGCUCUCUUGCUUUUCGCACUGUUUGCCAUCUCCAUGCUCGAGUCCACUCAGGUCUCGGCAGUAGGAUUAGGGAGCUAUGCUGCAUUGUUGAAGAAAUAUUACGGACCAGGAACCGUGCAACCAGCCCAAUGCGCGGGGAGAUGCAGAACAAGGUGCAGUAAGACGAAGCACCGUUUCGAUUUCUGCAAUGCAGGUUGCAUGAGUUGCUGCCAUUCAUGCAAGUGUGUGCCCCCAGGUACUACUGGCUACAGAGAGGUCUGCCCUUGCUACGGCCUCAAGAAGACCAAAAAGGGAGGACCAAAAUGCCCUUGAUGAAUGGAGAAAAUUAUGCCAUCUAAUGUGAUGGUUGACUACUCGAAGACUAUUUAAUAAUGUUGGUGGUAGUCUCAUGUUGUGAAUUGUAAGUGGUAGUGUGUGUUUUUAUUCAUCCAGUGGUCAUCUUCUAUCAUUGUUGAGUUAGUUCUCCAGAUCCGCAUUUUCCCAGUAUCUGAUCACCAAGUUCGGACGAUCUUUAUUUUGUGAUGGGCAAAUACUGUCCAU